AUGUCCAACAGAAGUGGCCCCUUUAUGUUUGGUCGUACGAGGCUCACACUGACCUUCCAGAAAGAGGUGGCUGAAACAAUUUGGGAAGGAACACAGAGAAAAUACCAGCAGAGAGUCGAGGAGAAAGAGAAGGAACUUCUGAAUCUGAGAGAGGCUGUGAAGACACACAAGCGCUCCGCACAGACAGCAGUGGAGGACACUGAGAGGAUCUUUACUGAACUGAUCCGCUCCAUUGAGAAAAGACGCUCUGAGGUGAUACAGCUGAUCAGAGAUCAGGAAAAGACUGCAGUGAGUCGAGCUGAAAGACUCUUGAAGGAACUGGAGCAGGAGAUUGAUGAUCUGAGGAGGAGACAUGAUGAGAUGGAGCAGCUCUCAAACACAGAGGAUCAUAUUACUUUUCUCAAGAAUUUCCAGUCUCUUUCGGCACCCCCUGCAUCUACAGACAACUUCGUGGUCAAUUCUGUUUCCUCUUUUGAUGAAGUGAGAAAAUCUGUUUCUCAGCUGAAGGACAAACUGAAAGAAUUCUGUAAAGAGGGAAUAGAAAAGAUAUCUGCUAUAGUAAGAUGCAACAAAAUUGUCCUCUCCAAAGAACCAGAGACUAAGGAGGAGUUCCUUCAAUAUUUCCAUCACCCCACCUUUGAUGCAAACACAGCACAAAACAAUAUCAGUCUUUCUGAGGGGAACAGAGUGGCUUCUUGUACUAAAACAGUCCAGGAGUAUCCUGAUCAUCAAGACAGAUUUGAUUACUGGGAGCAGGUGUUGUGUAGUGAGAGUGUGUGUGGACGCUGUUACUGGGAGGUUGAGUGGAGUGGGAGUGCAGGUGUCUCUAUAUCAGUGUCAUACAAGAGCAUCAGCAGAAAGGGAAAAACAGAUGACUAUGCUUUUGGGAAAAACAAUCAGUCCUGGAGACUGUUCUGCUCUCCCUCCAAAUGCUCAUUCUGGCACAAUAAAAGAGGGAGGAUUCUCGCUUUACCAUUCAGAUCUUGUAGAAUAGGAGUGUAUGUGGAUCACAGUGCAGGAAUUCUGUCCUUCUACAGCGUCACUGACACAAUGACCCUCAUCCACAGAGUCCACACCACAUUCACUCAACCUCUCUAUCCUGGGUUUGGGUUUAAUCUAAAAACAUCUGUGAAACUUUUUUAGAGGGUUAACCUGAAUUAAAUUCUACAAAUUCUGUUGUCACCACAGGUGUAAGCUGCAAAAUAAUAAAAUGAAAAUCAUUUGUUUUCUCCAUAUUAAAAUGAAAUGUAAAAAUAAACUCUGCAUGCACAGCAUGUUGGAAUGCAUUUUUGUCAUUUGUAACUAUUUGUGUUUAUUUGAUGUAACAUUUUAAUUCAGUGAUGUUAAUAAACCUUUUUCU